CUGGUGCGGGCCGGGCGGCCGCGGGCAGUUGAUUUUGACAGAAGAGAAAGUGGAAGCUUGUCAGAAGAAAGCAUAUGUCAAAAAAACCUCUACAGAAGAGUCUCCAGUUACAUGAAACUCAUCUGCCCGCUAUGCUCUGCUAAACCUGCUGCCAAGAACAAACUGGACGUGAUAGGCAGAAGAGAAUCCUGUGCUUCAGGACAGAUACCGAUGACCAUCCUAAGCUGCUUUGCCUACAUAUUGGAAGAAUGGACUGUUGUGGAAUACCUGAAGAAAUACCUUUUUCAUGUGAUCAUUGUCUUGCUGACAAUUUCUGCAAUAUUAGUUUUUUUUAUAGUUCCUUUAACAAUCCUCUUUUUUCUUUACCUUACUAAUAUUUUUCUUCUAAUAUAUCAGAGGAACAGUGAGGUAAAAGAUGAUCCCUUGAGUGAAGUCUGGGAUAGUGCAAGGAAAAGUAUAGCAAGGUUUUGGGAUGUAUAUGCAAGAAUCUGGCAUGGUUAUGAGCUUCAUGGUGUGGAAAACCUACCAGAAGGUCCAGGCAUCCUUGUGUAUUACCAUGGAGCUAUUCCUAUAGACUACCUUUACUUUUUGUCUAGGCUGUUUCUCUGGAAAAAAAGACUCUGUUUGUCAGUAGCUGAUCAUUUUGUCUUUCGUUUACCAGGACUUAAAUUAUUACUCAAAGUGACGGGUGUUAUGCCAGGUACAAGGGAAGAGUGUCUCAUUGCACUGAAGAAUGGACACCUGGUGUCCAUCUCACCAGGUGGAGUCAGAGAAGCACUAUUCAGUGAUGAAAGUUAUCAGCUAAUGUGGGGGAAUCGAAAAGGCUUUGCACAGCUUGCUCUAGAGGCAAAAGUGCCCAUCAUUCCAAUGUAUACUCAAAAUGUCCGAGAAGGAUAUAGGAUGUUUAAAGAAAGAAAACUCUUUAGACAGCUGUAUGAAAGCACUCGAUUGCCGUUUACUCCUCCAUACGGAGGACUCCCAGUUAAAUUCCGCACAUACAUUGGGGAGCCAAUCCCUUACGAUCCAAAUGUAACUACAGAGGAGUUAGUUGAAAAGACAAAGACUGCUGUUCAGGCUCUCAUAAGCAAGCACCAAACAAUCCCAGGCAGCAUAUGGAAGGCUUUACUGGAGCGAUUUGAUAAAUGUUGUAAAAGUGAUUAAAAUGCUUAUGUUUAUUUCAUUGUUUUUACAGCAUACAUUAAAAACCAAUGUCCUAUGGCAAUGAUGACUAAUAAUUGGCAUUCAAGCAGUUUAAUUAACAAUUGGUGUUCAACAAGUUGCUACAGAGUUGACAAUGAAAACAAUUAACC